AUGAAAGAGAUAUACCAACCAUACACCGAGAUUUCAAGAGAACUGAAUGCAAAGCUAUCGAACUAUUGUUACGGUACAGAUGAUCCUGUCGAUGAAACGACUAGCUUUCAAACUCCUCAAGUAUUCAUUAAUCCCAGUUACACUGCACCUGAAUAUACAACAAAAGGUCACCUAACCACUAAGUCAAAUGUGUACACCUUUGGAGUUGUUUUACUAGAGUUGCUAUCCGGCACUCGAGCAUCAGAUCUGAAGUUGAAAAAGUCAUGUAUUGUUACAAAGACAACAUUGCAGCAGAUGAAUAUGGAUGUGCGAUUAAGCAGCCAGUACCCUCGUGAUGAUGCGUAUGAAGUUGUGAAGCUGGCAUUGAGGUGCAUAAACAUUGAUCCAGAGUCGAGACCGAUAAUAAGCGAUGUUGUGGCAGCACUAGAGCAGUUCUUAGGAGAUGAGCCAAUGCUGCAAAUUAACAACCUUGAUUAA